GAAACUUGAAACUAGGUUCAGUCAGCCAAGCAACUUCACUUUAUUCCUCCAAAAUUCAUUGGUAGUUAUCUUCAGUUUCGCUGUUCACAAAGGCAGCUGCAACGGCAAAGGUCUUUAAACGGUUUCCUCCUUCCGGAUGCUCGAAAUCUGCUUUCACGAUACGCAAAUUGUAUUAUGCGGAAGCAAUUUUGCUUUGUUGACAUCGGAUUUCAAAGAUGUCAUGAACAAAGCAGAUGCUGGCUUUCUGGGAAUACGGUUUCAAUAUUAACGAAGACCUCGGCUACGCCAACAUAUGUGGAACCCUCGGCUACGACAACAUAUGUGGAACCCUCGGCUACGCCAACAUAUGUGGAGACUUCGGCAACGCCAACAUAUGUGGAAACCUCGGCGGCGCCAACAUAUGUGGAAACCUCGGCGGCGCCAACAUAUGUGGAAAUCUCGGCUACGCCUACAUAUGUGGAGACUUCGGCUACGACAGCAUAUGUGGAAACCUCGGCGGCGCCAACAUAUGUGGAAAUCUCGGCUACGCCAACAUAUGUGGAAACCUCGGCUAGGCCUACAUAUGUAGAAGAACUGGCGCUAAAUGGCAUAAUGUGGCUAGAUGAUAGAUAUAGACGAGCUUACCUAUGCAAGGAGGACACAUGGAAACUAGCAAUGGAGGAAGUAUGCAGUGCAUAUAAAGAAGGUGAAACCUAUGAUAAUUACAAAGAUAUUGACGAUAUCUCGGAGCUGAUGAGAAGGAGCCUAUCAAAGACAGAAGAUGAGAUAUUUAGAUGAAUCACGAAUUGCAAUGAUGAUUUGAAGUUACGAGAAAGAUUUACUCUAUUUUAUAACAUCAUGCAAACGUUAAACAACAGUGACGUUGCCAAGCUGAAGGAACCACUGUUUAUCAGUCAAGUUGUUGAAAAGAUUUUAUGCCCAUUUUUGA